GCGCACUUCGGACUAGCCCCGUUCACCGUGUGCAGAGCUCCUAUAUAAACUGGGAGCCCAGCCCGCAGGUGCCUUGGUGAGCGAGGGUUCCUGCUAUUGGACAGAGCGGUUCCUGAACCAAACAUGCCUAAGUGUCCCAAGUGUAACAAAGAGGUGUAUUUCGCUGAGAGGGUAACAGCCCUGGGCAAGGAUUGGCACAAACCCUGCCUGAAGUGUACAAAAUGCAGCAAAACACUGGAUGCCGGUGCCAUCUCGGAGCAUGACGGGUUGCCGUACUGUACCAGACCCUGCCACGCAUCCCUCUUUGGACCCAAAGGAUUCGGACGCGGUGGGGUUGAGAGCCACACCUACAAAUAAAGCCAGGUUUACGCUGAGGUCGGGGAUGCGGAGGGAAGCGCAUUUACAAACGAUGAACUGGAUUUGAGUGUCUCCCAGACCCUGGCGCGGUGAUGAGUGAACAACCUGUCCCAAUGAUCCCAAGCCCCACUGAGUACCAGUUAGUGUCGAAGACUCAGCAGUUUGACUUCCUGUGGGAGGUCUGAGAGGAGGGCUAAUUUUGCCUGUUCAGUAAGCCAUGGUUGUAGUGGACCUGGUAGAAGUUGGCCCUCUUCUCCCACCCUCCCCCCUUCCCCUCUGGAGUUAACUGGGCAGCCUGGAGCUACUGAAAGCACUUGUUUUGAUCUUAAUGUCUUCAAACUAACUUGUAAGAUAAACUUCCUGUAAUUUGCUUGUUUCCAAAUUAAAAAAUAAACUCCUGGUUAAAUCUG